AGACCCAAGAUUGUACGAGACCCAAAUAAUUGCUUUGACUCAAGAACAACCCACAAAAUGAAACCAAAUCAAAACUUUAACUUUACAUUCUACAAGACAGUCCUCAUCCUCUUCAAGGACUGUCUGUUAGAACCUCGCUCCUCUAGAACUCCUAAAUUCUCCUUCUCUUGCCUUCUAGUCUUCUCUUAAUCCCCCUCCUCCAACCCUCAAGAUGACAGCAGGAAAGGCGGUGGAGGGAGAUGGUGAUCAUAACUGAACUCGGGAAGGCCGACUCCAGAAGAGGAAGGGGCCUGAGAAGUGGGUGGGAUCGAGAGAAGGGAAGAAGAGAGCGAUUAGAGGCUCCUCUCCAGCUCACCACCACAGGAGGAAUGGGAUUACUAAAUGUUUCUUUCUAUUUUUCACAUACACUCUCUCUCUCCUCUUUCUCAGCACCCCCCUUGCCCUUCCCCCAAGAACUGGCAAUUGGGAGGGACUAAGAAGAAUGGGAGGAGCCCAUUAUUGGCUUUGGUCCCAACCUCUCUGAGUUCCUCUAGUUUGCGUUAGUUGAUUGCAGCCUGCUUGGGGUGCUGUGCCAGGAUUCGAGGGGAUUCCAGGGAAGCUGGGUCUGUGGGUGGGUAAGCGAUAUGACUGCUCUAAGUCUGUGUGCCUACCGUAGAGGCGGGGGCCGGGAUCUUCUCCUUAGCCUGUGCAGGAGCCUCUGGGCGCUCCCGGGGAGCGUGGGGUCACGGAGCAGGGGACCGAGGCUGCCCCAGCAGUUGCACUGCCGGUUCCUGGGUAGUGGCAACCCCGGUCACAGGUCUGACCGCGAAGGGACCGCCAGCGCCGCCCCAACGGUGCCAAGGAGCCUCGGCUCCUACGCGGAGCUGUGCGAGCAGGCGGUCAGAGAGCCUCACGUAUUUUGGGGACGCUUUGCCCGGGACAUGUUGGUGUGGGACACCCCUUACCAUACCGUCGAGGACUGCGAUUUCAGCCAGGGCAAGAUCAGCUGGUUCCUGGGUGGCCAGCUGAACGUAUCGGUAAACUGCUUGGAUCGACAUGUGCAGAAGUUCCCGGAUAGAGUUGCUUUGAUCUGGGAGAAGGAUGAACCUGGCACAGAAGUGAAAAUCACAUAUAGGGAGCUUCUGGAGACCACAUGCCGCCUGGCCAACACAUUAAAGAAACAUGGAGUGCGUCGAGGGGACAGGGUUGCCAUCUACAUGCCUGCAUCUCCACUGGCUGUGGCCGCCAUGCUGGCCUGUGCUCGAAUUGGGGCUGUUCACACAGUGGUCUUUGCUGGCUUUAGUGCUGAGUCCUUAGCUGGAAGAAUUAAUGAUGCAAAAUGCAAAGUGCUCAUCACCUACAACCAAGGAGUCCGUGGAGGACGGAUUGUCGAGCUGAAGAAGAUAGUGGAUGAAGCUGUGAAGAACUGUCCAACUGUCAAACAUGUCUUAGUAGCUCACAGAACAGACAAGAAAAUCCACAUGGGGAACUUGGAUGUCCCUCUUGAAGAAGAGAUGGCUAAGGAGAAUCCUGUGUGUGCUCCUGAAAUCAUGGACAGUGAAGACAUGCUUUUUAUGCUUUAUACAUCAGGGAGUACGGGGAAGCCAAAAGGGCUUGUCCACACCCAGGCUGGCUAUUUGCUCUUUGCUGCUGUGACACACAAGCACGUGUUUGACUGCCAGCAAGGGGAUGUAUUUGGCUGUGUGGCAGACAUCGGAUGGAUUACAGGUCACAGCUAUGUUGUGUAUGGUCCACUUUGCAAUGGAGUUACCAGUGUCCUGUUUGAGAGCACCCCAAUUUAUCCCAAUGCAGGUCGAUACUGGGAGACAGUUCAAAGACUGAAAAUUAAUCAGUUCUAUGGUGCUCCUACUGCUAUACGGGUACUAUUGAAUCAUGGAGAUGCUUGGGUUAAGAAAUAUGACAGAUCAUCCUUAAGAACCUUGGGAUCAGUGGGAGAACCGAUUAACCAGGAGGCCUGGGAAUGGCUCCACAAGGUGGUGGGAGACAGCAGGUGCACAGUAGUAGACACUUGGUGGCAAACAGAAACAGGAGGCAUUUGUAUUGCUCCUCGGCCCUCUGAGGAGGGGGCUGAGAUCCUUCCUAGUAUGGCUAUGAGACCCUUUUUUGGAAUCACUCCAGUUUUAGUGGAUGAAAAGGGGAAAGUUAUAGAAGGUGGAGAUGUUUCUGGUGCUUUGUGUAUUGCUCGGGCUUGGCCUGGCAUGGCAAGGACAAUCUAUGGAGAUCAUCAGAGAUUUGUUGAUGCAUACUUUAAAGCUUUUCCAGGCUAUUAUUUCAGUGGAGAUGGUGGUUAUAGGACUGAGGAUGGAUAUUACCAGAUAACUGGACGAAUGGAUGAUGUUAUAAACAUCAGUGGUCAUCGGCUAGGAACUGCGGAGAUUGAAGAUGCAAUGGCUAAUCAUCCUGAUGUGCCUGAAACAGCAGUGAUUGGCUAUCCUCAUGACAUAAAAGGAGAAGCUGCAUGUGCUUUCAUAGUACUGAAAGAUGAUAUAGAUAAUUCAGACGUCAUAUUGAAUGAGCUCAAAUCAAUUGUAGCCACCAAGAUAGCUAAAUAUGCAGUGCCUGAUCAAAUUCUGGUGGUAAAACGUCUUCCAAAAACUCGGUCUGGAAAAAUUAUGAGACGGCUCUUAAGAAAAAUAAUCACUGACAAUGCUCAGAAUAUGGGAGAUAUUAGCACAUUGGAGGACCCUUCUGUGAUUUCUGAAAUUAUAAAAGCUUACCAGAAACACAAAGCCAAACUAUCAUAAUAGAGAAGAGAUGUACAUCAGUCUGGAACUUCCAAAACUAUGUUUGGCCAAAACCAAAUACAACAGUCUCUUGUCGCCCUUCCUCAGGACAUAUUCCCUGAAAUUGAUUUAUUUCCAAAUCAGGAAAAAGUUCUCUACAAUCACCACAAAUCUAGUGAUCAUACCAUAAAGGCCUGUUGCAGUGGUUUCUUCCCUCCUCCCUCCUUUUCUUUCUCUGAAAGAGGAACUAGGAAUGUAAACGAAGAGGCAAAACCAAAGUUGAGAUAUAUUCAUCUUCAUGAAAAUAGAAACUAAUUUGAUUUCCAUGGGGAGUGGGUUGGUGGUGAAAGGAAUUUAUUUAUCAUCAUCAAGGUACAAAAGGGGAUAUGUUAAAAUGUGCCUUCUCAGAAGAUUUUAAAAUAGAAGCAAUAAUAUUUUCCCCAUGUUUUCUUGGAAAUAAGAGCUGUAGAGUCUUUAUUUUUAUACUUUCUUACUUCAGAAGAACAUCAUAUGGAGAAAUUUAAUGUAUGAAUUUAUUUGUAUAUAUUCUUUGUAAUAUCAUUUUAGAGUAGAUAGUGGUAGUUAUAAACUUUUUUCUUUUCAGCGCUUGUGGAGUGUGAAUGGCAUGGACACACUUUUAGUCAUAUUGUUUAAAGAAUUUUAGAAACAACAAAAAUUGAUGAAUCAAUACAAUCACAUUAGUUAUGUAUUGAUGCCUUUCAAAAAUGGAGAAGCAUUUCAUUUUGCCUAUUAGGACUGCAUCUAUCAUAAAGGAACAAAAUUAAUUUCCUAAAAGCUUGGUUAUGAAUUUGUUCAUCUUUAAAUCUUGGCUAAUUAUUUUAUUUUAUUUUUUUGAGCAAUGGAUUUUUCUUUCCCUUAGAAAGCUUCUUGGCUGUGGACCAGUAAAACUUUAAAUUGCAGCACUGCUAAAAUUAACCAAUGAAAAUGCAAAUAACCUAUUACAAUAAGCACAGAGUUCUUGGAAGAACCUAAAGAAUUCUUGAAAAAUGUUUCUGGCUCUACAUUGGAAAAUUGGGGCAGUUCAAAACUCUGAUCAGAAACUAAAAACACAAGAAAAGUCUAUUUUAUGAAAGUGCCUUAAUGUUAAUCAAAUAGCUAGUAUUCACAUUAGAUGACUAAACAUUAAUUGUUGACUUAUUAGUAAACAUUUGGAAUAUUAUUAACCAACAAAUACAGCUGACAGCAGUAAUUGACUAUUGCUAAUUGACAUUAAACAUCUGCUAUGCAUAUAAUCUAAAUUUAUUUUAUUGUACAGUAAGGUUUGACUUUUUGUGACCUCAUGGACCAUAUCUAUCUAUGGAAUUUUCUUGGCAAAGAUACUGGAGUGGUUUGCCAUUUCUUUCUCCAAUUGAUUCAGUGGAGCCUUCUGUCAGACAAUCAGAAGUUAAGUGAAUUACUGAAGGUCCUACAGCUAGAAAGAAUCUGAGGCCAGAUUGGAACAGAGGAAUUCCUGACUCCAGCUCCAGCACUCUAUCCACUGAGCCACCCAGCUGCCUUCUAAGUUUGUUUUAGUUUGGUCACUCUUAUAGCACUUAAAACAGUCACUUAGAGAACAAUAUACUUAGUUUUAUAAAUUCUUUUUAUAUAUUAGCCAAAGCUCUCUUUAUUGUCUUGCUUGGUUCCCUUGCUGCUUUGAAAGAGCUGACACAUCUGAGACUUCAAAAUGUGAUCUGUAAGAUCUAUUGACUUACAAGGACUUAUUUGCAGAUGAAUCAAAAUAAAACAAUAUUUUGAUCCUAGUUUAUUAUUAUAA